AUGUCAAAUAAAACAACUAAUUUUCAAAUCUAUACGGCAAUACAAUCUCUUGAAGAUCUUAUAAAAUCACAAUAUGUAGAACAUCAAAAAAGAUUUGAUGAUCAAGACCAAUUAUUGAAAAACUUCGAAGAAGAAGUAAAAUUACAACUUGCAGAUCAACAAAAUAAAAUAGAAGAAUUGAUAACCAUUGUUCAACAAAAAGGAUUUGAUGGUUCUGAUAACAAUAACAAUAGGCAACUAAUCGAUAUGAUAAAUGCAGAGUUAGUUAGUUUGAACGAUCAUAACGGUCUUAUUAGUGACAAAUUAGAUACUUUUGAAACGUUACUAGAAAUCAUAAUUCCAACGGAAUCCAUUCAAGGCGAAGAGUUAAUUAACAAUACAAGACAUUCUUAUCAUAAAACGCAUCCAACUUUAGUUCGUUAUCUUCAUUGUAAGAUUAAAUUACAUCGCAAAAAAAAACUUGCAUACGAUAAUAAAACUUUACCAGCAAAUCAAAUGGUCGGCGAAGAAUAUCUUCCAGAUAUCUCCAAUACGCCUACUGCCGGAAAUAAUCCAAUUGUUAUUGAGCGAUAUGUAGAUUAUUUUAUAAAAGAUUGGGAAGUUCGCAAAAAUACUAAUGUAAUUACGGACAUCGCAGUUCAAUAUUUUCACCAUUUACAUAAGGAUUAUCUUGCCUUGAAAAAGAAUCCUGAUACUUUUAAUAAUCGAAAUGUUAAACAACGCCGUGAUAAUCGUCUUACCUUGGAUCAAUGUUCUGAUACUAAAGAUUUACGCCAUCCAAAGGAGGAAAUUAAACUAAUUCUUCAUAAACGUUGUAUAUCACUGGAACUAACGGACGAAGAACAUCAAGAACUUCAUCCACAAGAUAAAAAGCAAUUACUUGUUGCACCUAUAUAUUGGCGCUCAGAUGAGCGCGUUUACCCCGAAUCUGACCAUUCACAAUAUGAUGAACUAAUUGGUCUUUCGCCUGAUAAGUUAUCUUUUCUUCCCGAUUGGGCCUAA